CCCCCUUUACGCAACGUUUUGCACAGGCGUGGUGAUAUAACAGAAAGGGUUAGCCGCCACGCCACCACGUUGCAGGCUGCAAGAGAACGACCGCUGAGCCCGUCACGCCCAUAGCCACGCGCCACGAUGUCCGAAAAAGUUCCCGACACCCCUGUGGAAGUCCUUGUGGCUCUCCUGACCAGAGCGAAGGAGGUGGCCGAGGCGAGCGGCGAGGUGCCCGAGGAGGUGACCCGUAAGCUGCAGAAGGCUCUGGACAUCGCCAGCGGCCUGGAUGACUACCUGCAGAGAAUGAGCACUCAGGAAAGUGAACCUCUGGCAGAGCUCUACAAGAAAACGAUCUCCCAUGACUGGGAUCAGGUGCACAAGGAGGGCAAAACUCUAUUCCGCCUUCCUAAGGAGUGCAUCACUGGACAUGUGGAAGGCCAGACCUUGAAGAUGCUGGUCCACAUGAGUCAAGCGAAGCGGGUUCUGGAGAUCGGGAUGUUCACCGGCUACGGCGCGCUGUCGAUGGCUGAAGGUCUCCCCGAGGACGGACGCUUAGUCGCCUGCGAGCUGGAGCCGUACCUCAAAGACUUUGCUCAGCCCAUCUUUGACAAGUCUCCACACGGCAGGAAGAUCACAGUCAGGACUGGGUCCGCCAUAGACACCCUGAAGGAACUGGCUGCUGCAGGUGAGCAGUUCGACAUGGUCUUCAUUGAUGCUGACAAGGAUAAUUACAUCAAUUACUACAACUUCAUCCUGGACAACAGUCUGCUGAAAUUGCGCGGCGUGAUAUGUGUCGAUAACUCGCUGUUCAAAGCCAAGGUUUAUCUGAGAGACACAACGGACAGCAAUGGACUGGCGCUCCGAAAAUUCAACCAGUUUGUCUGUGACGACCCGCGUGUUGAGCAGGUCAUUAUCCCUCUGAGAGACGGCAUCAGCGUUAUCCGCCGGGUCUCUGCGGCCUCCGAGUGUGCAAGGACACAGAGUGAAGUAACCGACGACGAGGUUUUCCGCGGAGUCAAGGGUCUCCCCAUUCUCGAUCGGCUGCGUCUCGAUGGGAAGGUGGCCUACGUGACGGGCGCUGGGCAGGGCAUAGGCCGCGCCUUCGCCCACGCCCUGGGGGAGGCCGGCGCCAAGGUGGCCGUGGUCGACCGGGACCAAGAUAAAGCCGAGGUGGUGGCUAAAGAGCUCUUCCUCAAAGGCACCAACGCCAUCUCGAUCACCGCUGACAUCAGCAGGUCGGAAGACGUUCAGAGGAUGAUUGACAGCAUUGUCUCUAAAUGGGGGUCAAUCGACGUCGCCUGCAACAACGCCGGCAUCAACAUGAACUCUGCCAGUGAAGACACCAGCCUGGAGGAGUGGGACCAAACCUUCAACGUCAACCUGAGGGGGACGUUCAUGUGCUGUCAGGCAGCAGGUCGAGUGAUGUUGAAGCAAGGAUACGGCAAGAUUAUCAACACAGCCUCUAUGGCCAGUCUAAUAGUGCCCCAUCCACAGAAGCAGCUUUCCUACAACACGUCCAAGGCGGGGGUGGUCAAACUGACUCAGACUCUGGGCGCUGAAUGGAUCGACAGAGGAGUGCGUGUCAACUGCAUCUCACCGGGGAUUGUUGACACCCCUCUCAUCCACUCGGAGAGUCUGAGGCCUCUGGUGCAGCGCUGGCUGUCAGAUAUCCCUGCUGGUAGACUGGCUCAAGUGACAGACCUGCAAGCCGCAGUGGUCUACUUGGCAUCUGAAGCCUCCGACUACAUGACGGGGCAUAACUUAGUCAUAGAGGGUGGGCAAAGUCUGUGGUAGACGGGGGGAAAAUAGAGAGAUGAGAACUUUUCUUCUUUUUCUAUUCUUCUUUCCACUGUCUCCCUUUUGAAAGGUUCUCAUCAGUCUGAGCUGCUUUGUAACUGCUGCUGUGUACAGGAGCAAAGCCCCUUCUGUUAAUCGCGUUUGAAUUGUGCCAUGAUUCUGAUGUAUGACGGGUUUUUCCAAGUCAUAAACAUCAUACAUUUGUCGUAGCAUCAUUUAGAUUCAUUUAGUUUUGUGUGUAACCAAUAAGUAAAUCUGUCUCAUCUCAGCGCACUGUUAUUUGUGACAAAAAUGCAGAAGGGAUCAAAUAAUGAUUUGUCCUCCAAAACCAUGUCCCAUGUUGAUCCAACGCAGCGCAGGUAUCUUCACCUCUAUUGGUGCAUUUUUCUGUCACGGGUGUCAUGGCCUGAACAUUUGAUUGUAUGGAAAAAGAUGCAUGAAUCAUCUAAGGAUAAGUAGAAAAAAAGAGGUCACCCAAUAAAAAUCACUGGUGUCCUUA